ACCUUUUUGUCUGAGCCUCUCUCAAACACACACACACACACACACACACACACACGCACACACACACACACACACACACACACACACACACACACACACACACACACACACACACACACACACACACACACACACACACACACACACACACACACACUCAAACACACCUGGAAGUAAAGAGCAAACAGACAACAAUAGUAGCAGACAGGUGGGCAGGCAGAGGGGAAAAGCUUUGCAUGUAGCUGACUCAGAAACAGUGUGUGUUUGUCCAUGAAGAAGCUCAAUCUCUUCACUUUCUGGAUUCUUCAUUUCCUUUAACCAUGGUGGAAUUAUAGGACAGGCAACACCGCUUAUGAUUCACAGCUACUUGGAACUAUCUGAAUCAACUUGGCUGCUUUAUUGCUUUACUCUUCGAGGCUCUGUGCGAUGAAGCAUCAAACAGCAAAGUCUACAGGGUUUGAACGCACGCCAUUGCUCUUAAACAGAAGUUUUAAUUUUGGUUGCGUUUAAAAAAAAGUAACAAAAAAAAAAAACAAUCUGCAUUCGUUGGAGGUAUUCCGGCGCUGUCAGCUAUUUUGGUUCCUGUCUUGCUUUCACUAUUUUGUGAAAGGAGACGUAAAAAGGAAGGAAGAGGACAGCAAGAGAGGGAGGAGGGGACAGACGUAUACAGCUGGAGCAUCUCGACGAGCGUCAGUUGUUUUCAGAGGCAGCUGAGAAGAAAGUGAAGCGACAACAUGGUUCGGUGGUUCCACAGAGACAUCACAGGCCUGGAGGCCGAGGGGAUGCUGAAGGAUCGAGGUAUUCAUGGCAGCUUCUUAGCUCGGCCCAGCAAGAAAAAUGUAGGAGAUUUCUCGCUCUCUGUUAGGGUGGGCGAGCAGGUGACCCACAUCCGCAUCCAAAACACGGGAGACUAUUACGACCUGUACGGUGGGGAGAAGUUUGCCACCCUGUCAGAGCUGGUGGACUACUACACGGCAGAGAACGGAAUCCUGCAGGACAAGGACGGCACCGUCAUCGAGCUCAGAUACCCCCUCAACUCCUCUGACCCCACCACAGAGAGGUGGUACCAUGGUCACCUGUCUGGGCCGAACGCAGAGAAGCUGCUCGGAGAGCGAGACGAGCCGGGGACCUUCCUUGUCAGAGAGUCUCUGUCCAAACCUGGAGACUUUGUUCUGUCCGUUCUGACGGAUGAGAGGAGCAAAACUGGAGGAAAGAGGGUCUCCCACAUCAAGAUCAUGUGUCAGAAUGACAGGUACACAGUGGGGUGUUCAGAUAUGUUUGACACGCUCACAGACUUGGUGGAGUUCUACAAACGCAAAGGCAUUGAGGAGAUGUCUGGGAACUGGGUGUAUUUAAAACAGCCGUAUUACUCCACCAGAGUGAACGCAGCAGACAUCGACAGUAGAGUGAAACAGCUGGAUCAGACCACACAGAAGCAGCAGGAGGGCGAGGGAGAGAAGAGCAAGGCUGGCUUCUGGGAGGAGUUUGAUGCUCUUCAAAAGUUGGAGGCAAAGGUAAAAAAGAGCAGAGAGGAGGGCCAGAGGCCUGAAAAUAAAAGCAAAAACAGAUACAAGAACAUUCUUCCUUUCAAUGACACCAGAGUCAUCCUGCAGGAUACUGAUCCUAAUGUUGUGGGCUCAGAUUACAUCAACGCCAACUACGUGAAGAACACCCUGUUGGAGUCAGGAGAUCAGAAAGUUUACAUCGCCACCCAGGGGUGCCUCGCAACUACCGUCAAUGAUUUCUGGAAGAUGGUGUGGCAGGAGAACACCAGGGUGAUCGUCAUGACAACCAGAGAGGUUGAGAAAGGGCGGAAUAAAUGUGUUCCAUACUGGCCUGACCCUCAGAGCUCCAAAGAGUAUGGUCCGUAUGUGGUGACGUCUCAAUCAGAGAGGGAAGCAACUGAUUACAAAGUCCGAGUCCUGGAGAUCGCUUCUAUGGACAAGCCCAAACAUUCUCGUACCAUCUGGCACUAUCAGUACAUGAGCUGGCCUGACCAUGGCGUCCCUCAGGAGCCGGGUGGCGUCCUCAGCUUCCUCACUCAAGUGAACGCCAAACAGGCUGAAUACCCUGACACUGGACCCAUGAUAAUCCACUGCAGUGCUGGAAUUGGCCGAACAGGCACCAUCGUGGUGAUUGACAUGAUCAUAGAGAACAUCGAUACCAUCGGUCUGGACUGUGACAUUGACAUCCCCAAAUACAUCCAGAUGAUGCGAGAGCAGCGCUCUGGCAUGGUGCAGACAGAGGCUCAGUACAAGUUCAUCUAUCUGUCUGUGUCUCAGUACAUUCAGACCACCAAGGCCAAAGACUGCGCCUACAUGGAAACCGACACAGAGUAUGGAAACCUGCAACUUAAACACCAACCAGCCAGCAGGAAGGUCUCAAAAAACAAAGAGGACGUUUACGAGAAUCUGUCAAAAGGAAAGAAGGAUGCGAAGAAGCAAAAGUCAGACAAGAAAAGUGGCUCAGUGAGGAAAAGAUAGAGACAAAGAGGUUUUUCAAAGUAUGUCAUAUUUUUGUAUUUAUGCGGACACUGUUUUUUUGUUUUUUUUUGACAAUUUCUAUAUAGUGGAAACUAAAGCAGAAUAAGGUGUAAAAUCAGAGACAUGGUAAAGUUAUGACAUCUGAUUUGUCAUUUGGAUAUGUUUGUGAGUAAUAAAGCCAGAGUAUGUGUGAA